AUCUGUGGCCAAUCACUGCCGUCCUUUCUCGGAGUCCGGGCGAGCUUCUUUGUUCACUUCCUGUUGUUCAAUAAAGUGUGUUUAGCUACGGACAUGGGAGCUGUUACAGAUGACGAGGUUAUUCGGAAACGUCUUCUCAUCGACGGGGACGGAGCUGGAGAUGACCGCCGUAUCAACGUGUUGCUAAAGAGUUUCACCAAAUGGUGUAACUCGCCCGGGACCCCAGAGGAAGGGUUCACCCAGUAUCAGAGGAUGAUGGGCAUACUGGCCCAGUGUGAAUUCUCCAUGGGGAAGACAUUGAUGGUUUAUGACAUGAAUCUUCGCGAAAUGGAGAAUUAUGAGAAAAUCUACACUAAUAUAGAACAAAACAUCACGUCUGCACACGACAAGAUAGCAGAAUGCAAAAAAGAAAUCCAGAGGGCCAAGAGAAUACGGAAAAAUCGCCAAGAGUACGAUGCUUUAGCUAAGGUUAUCCAGCAACACCCUGACCGACAUGAAACCCUAAAGCAGUUGGAGGCGCUUGACAAAGAACUCCAGCAAUUGUCUCGCACCAAGGAGAACGUAGAUGCAAAGCUUGAGUUAAGGAAGAAGCAGUUCCAUGUGCUCCUCAGUACCAUACAGGAACUACAGCAGACCCUUGAGAAUGAUGAGAAAUCAGACAAUGACGAGAACAAUCAGGAGAGCCCAGCACUGAAUGGUGAAUGAACAUGUAGAGAUCCUGGCUGAAGUGAACCACUUUGAAAUAAUUUUGUUUUGGGCGUUGAAUCUUUUUUGUAUGUAUUUUUGAAUAAAGUAAGCUUGUUCACAUCAAGUUUUUAUCAAAUUG